AUGGGCGCUGCGUCUAUUCACAACAUGCGUCACCCGCCGCCAACCGGUGUGAGUCCUGUGUUGAUGCCAUUAAAGGACUCCCCAAUUCACUCAAGCUGCUGCCACUGUAGUAGCGGUGGCAAGAGCGGCACAGCCAAAGGCGGCGGUGCUACCAAGACCGAUACCUUUGCAGGAGGAAGGCUGAUCCAGUCAUUGCAGCACCAGCAGCCCCCGCGUGGCAGCGGCAUCCAACCGCUACUGGAGUACAACAGGCAGUGGGCCAACAAGGUGGCGGAAUUGGACCCAGGGUACUUCAAGGAUUUGUCAGAAGGGCAAUCGCCGCAGUACUUGUGGAUUGGCUGCAGUGACUCCCGCGUGCCGGCCAACGAGGUGGUCGGCUUGUUCCCUGGUGACGUCUUUGUGCACCAAAACGUUGCGAACAUUGUUUCUAACUCCGACCUGAACGUCCUGUCGGUGCUGCAGUACGCAAUAGAGUGCCUCAAGGUGGAACACGUCAUCGUGACGGGGCACUACGGCUGCGGUGGUGUAAAGGCGGCGCUGGAUGGCGCCCGCAUCGGGCUUGCCGAUCACUGGAUCCUGCACGUGAGCUCUGUGAAGCGGCGUUUUUGGAAGCGUAUGGAAGCCAUUCCUCAGAGGCACCACUUCGCCAUGCUGUGCGAGCUCAACGUCAUCACCCAACUUUCUCACAUUCUCGACACGCAGCUCAUGCAGCACGCGUGGGAUCCCAGCGUCGGCACCGGUGGCAACCCUGCGGUGGAGCUCCAUGGAUGGAUCUACGGCCUCGAGGACGGCAUUCUGCGGCCGCUGCUCUCACUCAACCGUGACACGGACCACAUGAAGGCCAUUACGGCCGCGGAGGACGCCAUCUUUUUGCGCUACGGGCUCUUGUCGGAAGGUAAUGGCACAAAUAGGGCAUAG